GCCGCCACUACAUAAAGACUUGCGCCCGCCGAAGCUUCUACUUUCAACACCAAACACAACUCCACUCAAACUAAUACCAACUUCGACUACCGCCCACCAUGCCGAAGAACAAGGGAAAGGGAGGUAAAAACCGACGUAGGGGUAAGAACGAGAACGACAACGAAAAGCGCGAACUCGUCUUCAAGGAAGAAGGCCAAGAAUAUGCCCAAGUCGUCAAGAUGCUCGGAAACGGUCGUCUGGAAGCGCAGUGCUUCGACGGCGCCCGCCGUCUCGCCCAUAUCCGCGGCAAGCUGAGGAAGAAGGUCUGGAUCAACCAGGGUGAUAUUAUCCUGCUGUCGCUGCGAGACUACCAGGAUGAGAAGGGUGAUGUUAUCAUGAAGUACUCUGCCGACGAAGCUCGUUCAUUAAAAGCCUACGGCGAACUCCCCGAAAACGCAAAGAUCAACGAGACAGACACCUACGGCGACCAGGGCGACGAGGGCAUCGGUUUCGAGUUCGACGAGGACCGCGACGACAGCGAUUCGGAUGAGGCCGACGGCACUGGCAAGAAGGAGAUUGAUAUUGACGACAUUUGAGGAGGAGGCGCGCAGAUCCGCCAUGCUGUCUCGGCUCUUGCUUCGCGGCUGCUGCUUUGCUGUGGCGGGAGCCGGGCUGCUCAAAUGCUGCUUCUUGCGAGCGGGCGGAUGGGUUGAGGGAUAUUGAUGAUACAUGGAUUCCUAGGAAUGAUCAUGAGGUUAUUCGGCAUGCUUUUGUGUUACAUGCUUCUGGACUCUUUUUGAAAGCAUGAUGGGAUAGAGGAAUGAUACAUGCAUAAUCCUGGU